AUGGCUGUCUACAGAGGCAGCAUUCGUCCCCACGGGGCCGCGGAGCUCAAAAUAUGUGUCAUCGGAGAUGAAGAUACUGUUGCUGGGUUUUUGAUGGCUGGCAUCGGGAUGAGGGACGGCAUGGGGCGAACAAACUUCCUCGUUGUAGACGCCAAGACGAAGAGACAAGAAGUAGAAAGGGCCUUUCAUGAGUUCACCCACCGCAACGAUGUCGGCAUCGUCUUAAUCAACCAACAUCAGCAGCUGCAGCAGCAGCAGCAGCUGCUGCUGCUGCAGCAGCAAGAGCUGCAGCAGCAAGGGCUGCAGCAGCAGCAGCAGCAGCAGCAAGAGCUGCAGCAGCAAGAGCUGCAGCAGCAAGAGCUGCAGCAGCAAGAGCUGCAGCAGCAACUGCAGCAGCAGCAGCAGCAACAUUUUUGUUUGAUUUGCUGCUACAAACUAAAGCCGCACUCUAGUGGUAAGGGAGACAAAUAA